UCCUGUGGUGGGCAGGGUCGCUUGUGUUGACUAACAUUCGUUCUCUCUACUAGGGCGCGGGACAUUUUAUAUUUACGAGGCAAAAAGAACGAUAAAUAAAUUGUUACAGCUUGCUUAAAGAUAUAGGAAUACAUCAGGAAGGAUUAAACAUCAGUAUUAAAUGCAAAUAUGGGUUGCUGCCUGACUGUUGGACCGAAUGAAGCGCUCGUUGUAUCAGGUGCCUGUUGUGGAUCAGAUGAGAAGAAAUAUGUGGUGGGAGGCUGGGCGUGGGCAUGGUGGUGUAUAACAGACACUCAAAGAAUUACACUAGAAAUUAUGACACUACAGCCCAAGUGUGAAGAAGUGGAGACAGCGGAGGGAGUCGCCAUCACAGUCACAGGAUGUGCUCAGAUCAAGGUUAUGACUGACCAAGACUUGCUGGCUGUUGCCUGUGAACAAUUUCUUGGAAAGUCUGUCAUGGAAAUCAAGGGUGUUGUUCUCCAAACUCUGGAGGGACAUUUACGGUCAAUCUUAGGCACCUUAACAGUGGAGCAGAUCUACCAGGACAGAGACCAGUUUGCCCAGCUUGUACGGGAGGUGGCAGCUCCUGAUGUGGGUCGGAUGGGCAUCGAGAUUCUCAGCUUCACCAUAAAAGACGUCUAUGAUAAACUGGACUACCUGAGCUCACUUGGAAAGACACAAACCGCAGCCGUCCAAAGGGACGCAGACAUCGGCGUGGCCGAGGCGGAGAGAGAUGCUGGGAUUAGAGAAUCAGAGUGCAAGAAAGAAAUGAUGGAUGUGAAGUUCUUGGCAGACACUAAAAUGGCCGACUCUAAGCGAGAGCUAGAACUGCAGAAAGCCUCUUUCAAUCAAGAAGUGAACACAAAGAAAGCAGAGUCUCAGCUGGCCUAUGAACUGCAGGCAGCUAAAGAACAGCAGAAGAUCCGGUUGGAAGAGAUCGAAAUUGAGGUGGUGCAAAGGAAAAAGCAGAUUACGAUCGAGGAGAAAGAGAUUGAGAGAACAGAGAUGGAGCUGGCUGCUACGGUCAAGCGUCCUGCUGAGGCAGAAGCUUACAAGAUGCAGCAGCUGGCCGAAGGAGAGAAGUUGAAGAAAGUGCUGAUUGCCCAGGCAGAGGCCGAGAAGAUCAAGAAGAUCGGUGAGGCAGAGGCCUUCUCCAUCUCAGCUAUAGGAAAAGCUGAGGCAGAGAGAAUGAGGCUGAAGGCCGAGGCCUACCAGCAGUACGGUGAAGCUGCCAAAACGGCCCUCGUCCUAGAAGCACUGCCCAAGAUCGCUAGCAAGGUGGCGGCUCCUCUGGCCAGGACCAAUGAGAUUGUUAUUCUAAGUGGGGAGGGCGGCCGCGUGACCGGCGAGGUCAACCGUCUGCUUGCUGAACUUCCCGUGUCCAUUAAUGCUCUCACGGGUGUGGACCUGUCAAAGGUUCCUCUGUUGCAGAAGUUAACAGGUGCUCAAGCAUGAAGGCAAUUCGUCCCAUCUCCUCCGUGAUCUGUUGUAUGCACUCACUGAAACUGCCUUUAGAAUACUUGGAAGAUCUUUUGUUUUUACUGGAAAAACAUCAAACGAAAACAAAACAAAAACAGAUUUUUGAUACCUCUGGUGCCUUAAUGUUUUAUAGGACCAGAAUAUCUGCAUGCACUGCUGCUUCCAUAUUCCACAAUUCAUAGUUAUUUUUUAUUCAUUUGCCUUUGCAUGCAUCUGCUGGAGACAGCAAGUCAGAGACCAUGCAAUAUUGUUUUUUGUUUUGUAGUAUGUUUUAUAUUUUCUUUGUGGUAUCAUCACAUUUAUUUAAUAAAAUCUAACCUGUCAUACUUUUUUAUACACUAGACUAGAGUGACACUUCAGCACUUCCUACGGUGAUUUAGCUUUAGAUUACAAUCAAAUAGUUUGUUGGUUAAAAGUCUUUCAUUAUUUUAAUUUGUUGUAGGACAUCUAUUUAACAAAAAAGCAGUUUAUUUUACUAAUCCUGCCAUGAUUUAUAACAAACAUUCAGGAAGAUGUAAGCUGUAGAGUAGCAUUUUACAGUAGAGCUGUCUGGCAGUAGCACUGCCUUACGGGUAAAUAUCGGUGUCAACUUAGAAUAGCUAAGUAGUUUUUUACUUUAAAAUGUUUCACAUGCCCUUUAGAAACUGAUUCAGUGACAACAUUUUUACAUAGGUUUUCAGAGCUCAUCACUCUGUGGCACUACUUUGCCUAUACAUUUUUACAAUCUAUAUGUGUUUUAUUUUUGUUAAAUAAUUUGGACAAAAUUUGUUAGGUUAAAUUGAGUUAUGAAAUAUUAUCAUUUAUUGUUAACAGACUGUCUGGAUAUCUGAUCAGUUUGAUGCUUUUGAGCCAUUUUUUUUUAAUCUCCGAUGACAGUCGAUAUGCAUAGUGAAACCUUUUAAAGAUAUUAACACAAAUUACACUUGAUACAGUAAUUGUUAAUAUCUGUCAUCAUCAGAGAAAUUGAAUUGACCUUUUAUGGAUGAUACCAUCCUUUUCUGUAUAGUUUAUCUAGUUUGUGUACACUGUGAAAGUUAACAUUACCUCUUUUCUUCUACUUUUUGAGAGUGAGUGACAAUUUGCAAUAGAGAUUUUAAUAUGUUUGUACUUUUACGGUGUAUUGUAUGUGUUUUGUGUUGUUAUGGGGCUGUUACUUUUCCUUCCGUUUAUUUUUCAUACACUAACAUACGCACCAGUUGACAAAGCCGGGAGGUUGUUGUCUUUUUUAUUUUUUUAUUUGUGGUAAAAAUGUAUGUUUUAUUGUUUUUUAUUUUAUUUUAAAGUGAAUAAUAAGCCCCUUAUUUUCCUGACGAAACAGUUUAAAUCAAACAAGGAGUUCUGAGUUUUCUGACUUAAAGUAUAAAACCUCAAUUUUUUUAAAACCCAGUUUUAUGUUCGACUUAUUCAGACCUGUUAAAGCCAUGUCACAUUUAACCAUUUAGCAUUAGAGCACCAGAGACUGUUCCGUUAUUGUGCUUUGUAUAGCAUUGCUAUAAAUGUACUGUAUUGCUGUGUAUUGGAUAAACAUAGGAAUCUUAAAACUGAUUAAGAGGACAAAGCAAAGCUUUUGUGGGUUAUUUAAUAAACACACUAAUCCAAAUGCCAUUGACAAUGCAGGGGGAGAAGUUUUAUACAUAAUUUACACAAAUGUCAGCAUGUUUAUGGUGCAUGUACCUCCAAAUACAAUAAAUGUAAUGUGAACAUG